AUGAAUACGGUUUUUCGACGCGAUUCCCGAGCCAAUUUCGGAAGCAGCCUUUCGGUCACUGAUGAGCUGAAUCCACUUCUGGCGGCCGUCCACGCCGUCUCCUCCAGAAGCCCUUCUCAUCAACUGUUCAUCAGCGUCGGCGGCAGUACCCCAAAAGCCGAGAAACGAGUCUCGUUCAAGGAUGUCGCGCCACGCCCACCUGAGCCAGAGCCGCUUGUCGCUCAACGCAAAGCUGCUAAACAUGCUCGCAAACAGUCUCGAACAGUCAACUCGGCCGGCAUGAACUUACUUGAAAGGUUUCUUUUUAUUUUUUUCAAAGUUGCUACUUUUUUUGAAUAAUUUUGACGACAAUUCAUCUGAAAAUUAAACUUUCUGUUUUUUUAGCCGAUUUUUUCGUGGUUUCCUUAGUAAAAAUUGAAGUUUUACUAUGAAAAACUCUAGCGGGCACUUGAGAGGUUCCUCAAGGGCUAUUCGAAGAGAGCACUAAAGUACCCACAAAAAUUCCUAAUUUAUGUUUAAGUGCUCACUAUAGUAGAUUGAAUUGCCUAGUGGUGCCUUCUGACUUCUGAAGAAGCCUCUAGAUGUUUGCCAACUAAAUGGCCACUAUCACGAAGACUAUAGUAGCCACUGGAACGUAAAAAACCCUGAAGUGUCGACUAGAACUUCCCCAGUAUUUCAAAUAAAUAGGUUGAGAAGUUCAGAAACAUAUGUAACUUUUUUCGAAAUUUUUAUAGCAACUUUGUUUCCGUGUAAGAAGCCUAUGACCUCGUUUAAAAUCAACCAAACUACUCAGAACUUUGAUGAAAUCUCUCAAAAUGCCUAAACACCUUUCCCAACAUAAAUCCGCGCAAACAACUCUAUGAACACAUGUGUUCGUUUUGAAGAUUCUUGUCGAGAGACAAUAUUUACGACGGCAGUGAAGCUGAACGGCACGUCCACUUCGCCUUCAGCGGAGAUCAACAACGAGGCUCCAGAAGAGAGACGUCUCCAGACACGCGACGGAGACUCAGCCGCAGUUGUGACCACCUCGAUGAUGAUACCUUCAGUCCGAGACUUCCGCCUAUCCGAAGAAGACCUACUAAACAUGUCUCUGCGUCUUUUUAUCGUCCUGGUUGGUUUGGGAACACUCAUUUUUUAUUUUGAAAUCUUACAUGACUUCUCUGUUUCUUUGCACCCAGCUUGAUAAUCUUUUCGGCGUGUUUGAAGACUGAAAAAGCUGUCAUGAAAAAGGCCUCUGAUUUUUCGAAUCCCCAGCAAAAUUUUCAGAGAGAUAUACAGAUUUCUUUAGCAAUUUUUAUUCUUUUCUUAUCGGUGAAAUGUAUUAUUUUUUUUCUGUGAAAGGCGCCGCUUUGCAAUAAUUUGUCCCUGGGAGCAAUAUAUUAUCGCUAUUCAUUGGCCGUUCUUCGCAGGCCAAAAGUCGAAAAGACUAUGCAAGAUUUAUCGUCUUUUUUCUGCGAUUUUUUGAUUUAUCAUUAGUUGGUGCAGAAAUCCGAACUCUUCACAUGAAAUAUAGCAAGUUUCUCUUUCGGAAAAGAAAGUUCAAUACUUUCUACAAGUUUCUUUCGGCUUUUGAACUCAGGGCGGUUGAAAUUGAAUUGAAAUGAAGGAUUAAAAAAAUGUCAGAUUUUUUUCCAAAAAAUUUAAUUUCCUUGAUUAAAACUUUUUCGAAGUUUUUCGAAUUCAUUAUGCUCCAUUCAUAGCCAAAAACGCCAUGAAUCCUGUCUUUUCCCGCUUUUUGGCGGUGAUUUUCUCAAGUGGAGACCCGCGAGGAAACAUCGCAAAACCGUGGAGUGUCGGAAGAAGACGAUUUGCUCUUCGAAGCUCGUUUCGGCUCGAAAUUUGCUUUUUGGAACAAAUUUGGGUAUAAGUCUCGUGAAAACUAA